AUGAUCCUCCUCCCUACCCUCCUGGCCCUAGGGCUUCUAGGCUCAGUCAAUGCCGCUGCAUCCUCGGGCUGCGGCAAAAGUCCCACUCUCACCAAUGGAGUCCACAAUAUCAAUGGCCGCGAGUAUAUUCUGAAGGUCCCUGACAACUAUGAUCCAAACACACCACAUCACCUUGUUUUUACUCUUCACUGGAGAGGCGGAAACAUGUACUCCGUCGUCAAUGGCGAUAGCAUACAACCAUGGUAUGGUCUCGAAAGCCGAGCGCAGGGCAGCGCAAUCCUAGUAGCUCCCAACGGCAAGAACGCUGGCUGGGCCAACACCAACGGCGAAGAUGUGGCCCUUAUCGACGCCAUCAUCCAGCAAGUCGAGGGUGAUCUCUGUGUAGACUCGAGCUCUCGUUUUGCGACAGGCUUCAGUUGGGGCGGUGGGAUGAGUUAUGCACUUGCCUGUUCGCGGGCAAAGGAAUUCAAGGCUGUGAGCGUGUUGAGCGGUGGUGUCAUUAGUGGAUGUGAUGGAGGUAAUGAUCCUAUUGCUUAUUUGGGCAUUCAUGGGAUCAACGACCCAGUGCUGCCAUUUGAUGGGGGUGUGAGUCUGGCAAAUAAGUUUGUUGAGAACAACAAAUGCCAGCCAGCCAACAUCGGCAAGCCUGGAUCUGGGAGUGGCGGUUCCGUUCGAACGGACUUUCAAGGGUGCUCCAAGCCAGUUUCCUUUAUUGCAUAUGAUGGGGGACAUGUUGGUGCGCCCUUGGGCGUUCAAAGUUCUCUGGCUCCGGAUGCUACUUGGAAGUUUUUCAUGGAUGCUUGA